GUUUUUCUCCCUGAGGACAUGGAAGUGGAUAAUCGCACCAUCCUGACUGAAUUCAUCUUGCUGGGCUUCUCAGCAGAUCCCCGGUGGCAGCUGAUUCUAUUUGGAAUAUUUCUAACGAUCUAUUUGGUAACUUUGUCAGGGAACAUGACCCUGGUCAUCUUAAUCAGGAUUGAUUCCAGGCUGCACACACCCAUGUACUUUUUCAUCAGCAAUCUCUCAUUUUUGGAUUUCUGGUAUACCUCUGUAUAUACCCCCAAAAUCUUGGCCAAUUGUGUCUCAGAAGACAAACGCAUUUCCUUGGCUGGAUGCGGGGCUCAGCUGUUCUUCUCCUGUGUCGUAGCCUACACUGAGUGCUACCUGUUGGCAGCCAUGGCCUAUGACCGCCAUGCUGCAAUUUGUAACCCACUGCUUUAUUCAAGCAUCAUGUCCACUUCUCUCUGUACAGGGCUUGUAGCUGGCUGCUACAUAGGUGGGUUUAUGAAUGCCAUAGCCCAUACUGCAAACACCUUCAGGCUGACUUUCUGUGGUAAAAAUAUCAUUAAUCACUUUUUCUGUGAUGCACCACCAUUGGUAAAAAUGUCCUGCACAGACACCCGUAUCUAUGAAAAAGUCCUCCUGGGCGUGGUGGGUUUCACGGUGCUCUCCAGCAUUCUGGUCAUCCUCAUCUCCUACUUCAACAUCCUCCUGGCUAUCCUGAGGAUCCACUCAGCCUCAGGAAGGCGCAAGGCAUUCUCCACCUGUGCCUCCCACCUGGUCUCAGUCAUGCUCUUCUAUGGAUCCUUGCUCUUCAUGUAUUCAAGGCCAAGUUCAACCUACUCUCUAGAGAAAGACAAAUUGGCUGCCCUGUUCUACACCGUGGUCAACCCGUUGCUCAACCCUCUCAUCUACAGCCUGAGAAACAAAGAUGUUAAAGAUGCCUUCAAGAAAGCAAUACAGACAAUAUGUUCACACACAUGA